UAAAUAAAAUGAUAAUAAAGUUGGAAAGGUGUGAUGAACCUAUCUCUAAGGCUUCACAUUUUCGUGAUGUCUCAGAUCACAUAUAGUGGAAGGUCGGUGCGAGCUCUCAGCAUCUCUCUUUCAAUUAUUUGUGCCUAUAAAAGGGCAGUCUCCUCUGCAUCAUUCUUUGCUUCUGUGGCUUACAAAGAGCAGACACUUAAAUUAAGACUACUCUCAUCAAGGCAUUACUAGAAGAAAAAUGGAGAGCAAAGGGAGUUGGACGGUGGCUGAUGCCGUAGACUACAACGGCCUACCCGCCGAUAAGUCCAAAACCGGUGGCUGGAUCACCGCAGCUCUCAUUCUUGGGAUAGAAGUUGUUGAGAGGCUAUCAACAAUGGGAAUAGCAGUGAAUUUGGUAACAUAUCUGAUGGAGACAAUGCAUCUCCCAAGCUCAACCUCUGCCAACAUUGUCACUGACUUUAUGGGCACUUCUUUCCUCCUCUGCUUGCUCGGUGGCUUUCUAGCUGACUCCUUCCUCGGCCGUUUCAAAACCAUCGCUAUUUUCUCAACCAUUCAAGCUUUGGGAACCGGUGCACUGGCAGUGGCAACAAAGCUUCCAGAGCUGCGUCCGCCAACAUGCCACCACGGCGAAGCCUGUACACCCGCCACUGCUUUCCAAAUGACAUUUCUCUACAUUGCACUUUACCUUAUAGCGCUUGGAACCGGUGGCCUUAAGUCUAGCAUCUCAGGGUUUGGAUCUGACCAAUUUGAUGACAAGGAUCCUAAAGAAAAAGCCCAGAUGGCUUACUUCUUCAACAGGUUCUUCUUCAUCAUCAGCAUGGGGACAUUGAUGGCUGUGACUGUUUUGGUUUACAUACAAGAUGAAGUGGGAAGAUCAUGGGCUUAUGGGAUCUGCACUGUGUCUAUGGCUAUAGCUAUUGCGGUUUUCUUGUCUGGCACUAAGAGUUACCGCUAUAAGAAGAGCCAAGGAAGUCCGGUUGUGCAAAUUUUUCAAAUUAUUGCAGCUGCGAUUAGGAAGAGAAAAAUGGAACUGCCUCAAAGCAUUGUCUAUCUGUAUGAAGAUUCUCCGGAGGGCUUGAGAAUUGAACAUACUGAUCAAUUUCGCAUGUUUGACAAAGCGGCUAUUGCUACCGAAGGAGAUUUCGAACAAACCCUAGGCGGCAUCGCAAUUCCAAACCCUUGGAAGCUAAGCUCCGUGACCAAAGUUGAGGAAGUGAAAAUGAUGGUUAGGCUUUUGCCUAUUUGGGCAACCACUAUAAUUUUCUGGACAACAUAUGCCCAAAUGAUUACAUUCUCAGUUGAGCAAGCUUCAACCAUGAGACGCAACAUUGGAAACUUCCAGAUCCCAGCAGGCUCUCUCACCGUGUUUUUUGUCGCAGCUAUUCUCAUAUCUCUAGCUGUCUACGACCGUGUUAUCAUGCCUCUUUGGAAGAAAUGGAAAGGAAAGCCAGGAUUCUCUAGCCUGCAAAGAAUAGCUAUUGGAUUGGUCCUAUCAACCGCUGGAAUGGCAGCUGCAGCCAUAGUUGAGCAAAAGCGUCUAUCUGUUGCGAAAUCUAGUACACAGAAAACAUUACCCAUAAGUGUAUUCCUACUUGUUCCACAAUUCUUCCUAGUAGGAGCUGGGGAAGCCUUUAUAUACACUGGUCAACUUGAUUUCUUCAUAACCCAGUCACCCAAGGGGAUGAAAACAAUGAGCACUGGACUUUUCUUGACCACUUUGUCACUAGGCUUCUUCGUCAGCAGUUUCUUGGUUUCCAUCGUCAAAAAAGUCACUGCAACUUCUGUGGAUGGAGGAUGGUUGGCUGAUAACAUCAACCAUGGCCGGCUCGAUCGAUUUUAUUGGCUUUUAGUCAUUCUGAGUGGAAUAAACUUUGUUGUUUAUGUCAUAUGUGCCUUAUGGUUCAAGCCAACAAAGGGUAAAGACUCGGAGGAGAUGGAAAAGGGUAAGGGUUUUUCAGUUGAAGACUGCUAGUUUUCUUUUUCUGUCAAGUUUCUUGUGUAUCAUAUUAUCAUGAAACAGAGUCUUCCCCAUCAUGUUUCUUGUGAACCAAGUAACUGAGCUGUGUGACUUAUGUCUAAAUUCCUAGUUGUCUCAAAUAUUGUACCUUCACUAGUUACGUUUGUUACCGUUUCUCACUUGUCUCGUAUCGAAAAGAGAAGAUCUAUUUUAAAUUAAUUAAGCUCACACGUGCAGCACUAUCUCUUCUUUACUUGAUGCGCUAGUCUUUGUCAUAUUUUUGAUGACUGGUAGAGAAAAGAUAAAAGUGAUGCGAGAUAAAAAUUAAAA